AUGGAUAUCGCCCCCGUCGACGUCGACAUGGCCGUCUCCGAUGCCCACGACUCCCACGAGGGCAGCGGCUCCGACUCCGCGUCAUCAACGUCGUCUUCGCCACCGCCCUCCCCAUCGCCAGCACACAAUUCUCCCAUUGCCGUUGACGACGACUCCCGUCCCGCCUCCGCCGACCUCCCCCCUCCACUUCUUACAUCAGACGCCCCGCCAUCGUCCAGCGAGGCCCCCGCCCCCAUAGAGGGCGGGCGUGGCCGCAAGUCGAAGCCGUCAUCGUCCACCGUCGCCGCAGCGCCCACGGGCGCCAAACCAAAGUCGACGAAAUCUGCCGCCCCUCGUGCCUCCUCUCCUUCCCCGCCCCCGCCCGCGCACCCGGCCCGCCCGCCUCUCCAGACGAUUCGGCUCGAAAUCAAGCUUGGAGGCCCCGACGACUACGAGGUCAACAUCUCCGAGCUUGCCAAGGUGACUGGCCAGCGUCCGGCAACACCCGUGCCGGAGCUCACCAAGCACGAUACCAGCGACGAGAGCGAGGCUGAGGCUGAGGCCGAGGCCGAGCCUGCUCCCGCUGAGACCGACGACAAGCAAAAGGGCAAGCGACGAAAGCGGCGGAACCAUGCUUCCGAAUACUACGACACCACCGACCCAUUCAUCGACGACUCGGAGCUCGCGCAAGACGAGCGAACAUUCUUCGCCCAGACGAAGCAGAAGGGCUUCUAUGUGUCGAGUGGACAGGUAGCCUUGCUGAACAAACCAUCGAACAAGAAGCCCAAGUCUAAGAAGAUCAACAUCCUCGCGCCCUCCGCCUCCGUCUCCGCCGCCCUCUCCACCGCGACCCUCCCCCUGCCCGCACUCUCCAUAUCCGCAGCCGCUUCCGGACCUUCGCCCACCCCGGCAUCGACGAACGGGAAUAUCAACGGUAAGGUGAAGACAGAAGAAGGGUCGGGGUCGCGAGACCAGCCCAUAGCACUAUCGGACGGGGAGGACAGCGGCAAGUUGAAGCGCAAGCUGUCCGAGGGCGGGCAGACGUUCGCGAGCCUGUCCGAGGGGGGCGCGAAGAAGCGCAGGAAGACGGUCGAGAUCGUGAGUGUUGCGUGCUGUGAUUGUGUCGAGAGCGUGUCGCCGACGUCUGCUGUUUCUCCCCCUGUCGUUGCGCCCGCUGGGUCUCUGUCCUCACCCACGACUACGACUGCGACUACGACCAUGCCUGUGCUGGGGCCCGUGUCGCGCCGCGCCGCGCAGCACCCGUUCCACCCGGAGCUCGAGCAGGCGAUCGAGGUGCUCAAGGAGGCGAUCGCGAAGGAAAACUGGGAGGUGAAGGGCAAGUUCCCGCCCGGGCUGAAGCCGAUCCUCGCGCAGGUCGCGCUCAAGGCGGUCAUCCUCGGGGAGUACGACGAGAACUUCUUCAACCUCAUGCCGCGGCUGUUCCCGUACAACAAGUUCACCAUGACCAAAUUGAUCAAGCGGACGAUAUGGCGAGACCACACGAAUUUGCUCGUCGACAGGCAGAACGCGCUCAUCGAGGAGCUGCGUGCGCUCGCUGAAGAGGGGUUCCCGAAGGCGAAGGAGGAGUGGGAGAAGAGCGUCAUGCAGUGGGAAAAGCGCCAAGAGCGCGCGAAGCUCGACGCUAGCGGCGAAGGCUCUAACGGCGUCGAUCACUCACAGGAAGGCUCGCCAGCUGCGAGUGACGCGCAGGCGACGCCUAUGAUGCCCCGUACGCCUCUCGACCAAGUUGCUAUCGCGGCAGCGGACGAUGGCGAGCACGAGGAUGGCGCGGGCGGCGGUGGGAGGGGACGGGAUACACAUCCGCCUGCGCAGCGGUACAGGCUGACGGACCAGAUGAAGACGAUCAUCUGGCAGCUGGUGUGUCUCAGCAACGAGUGUUGUCGGAUAGAGAACGAGAAGAACGCACUUGAGGGCUCGAACCAGAUCGUGAGCGACCAGGGAGUGAGGAAGAAUUUGUAUCAGAAGAUUGUUGCUGCGUUCCCGGAUGGCUGGCUCUCCUCGGGACAGAUCUCGCGUGAAGUGAGUGUGAUGAAGAAGAAAUACGAGAAGGAGGCGAUGGAGAACGACUGAACGUUCUGUGCCGUCGUCGCUUGCACCUUUCAUUGAACAUCGCGGCGUCGCUUCUCUGCGCCACCGCCUUUGCUCGCUGUGCGCUUGUUUCCGCGUUUUCUGGUCUCAGUACUUAUUCUGCUCAGUGUUAUUCGCGGGUGAACCCGCCUGUCUCGCCGCUGCCUUACCCGUACGCUUGGUUACUAGUGCUCUACCCUAUCACGCGUGUAUGAUAAUGUACCUGUGCCUUCUUGACUUUGCAUCGGC